UUAUGCAGAGAGGGUUUAUUCAAACUGUGACUUUAAAAGAGCCCGCUCUCUCCUCAGAGAUGCCUUUCCCAUCCUUCUCCACUGUCUUUCUCCUCAUCCUGUCUCCAGAGGUGUGGAGCUAUGAGGCCCCUGAAGAUAAACAGGAUGUGUUUGCCAGAACAUCCUGUCCUGCCUUUCUGACCUUCACUAAUGCUGCCUACCUGUCAGGAGUCACUGUGGAGCUGCCUUGCCUCUGCAAACCGGAGCAGGUCCAGUCAGUUGUUUGGUUUUUCCGGAAACAUUUGGAACACCCAGGGAACACCAGAGCACUGAUUGAUCACCAUGGCAACCAGCUGCUGGAUACCAGUCUGGUCCCUCACAGCGGUGACCUGCGGAGCCGCUUCUCCAUCCGGCUCUUCAGCCUGCUGAUCUUCAGAGCUGGGCCCGAUGAUGCUGGCAUCUACAUCUGUGGUUCUGCCCACAAAGACUUCUUCUAUGGUUAUGACCUGGACAUCCAGGAAGCUCAAAUGCUCAGCUUCACCAGCAGACUCACUUCAGAAACUGAGAACAGGAACCAGAGGGCCAACCUGAGCUCGACUCUGUAUUGGCUCUUCACCAGCUUCCGGCCGUGGUCAGUCUGCGAUCGCUGUGGUGUGCCAGGCGAACAGGUCCGUGUGGGUCUCUGCUACAUAAGCUCCCAUUUCCUGCAUGUGCGCUACAGGCGGGCCAAUCAGACGGUCACGUCAUGCGGCUCAGAGGCGGUACCAAGAGCCUUCAGCCAUGUGAAGCAAAGCAGAGUCAGGGCAAAGCUGGAGGUCAGAAGCUGUCAUGUGACUUGUCCAAGUCAAGCCCCACCCUCCUCCAAGCUGCUUGCUCUGAUGACUUUUCUUGGGUACAGUUCUGCCUCCUUGCCAACCGAGGUACCAGUGUUCUACCUGAACCACCCAGAGGACCAGGUCCUUACCCUGGGCUGUCCUGGGGCACAGCCUAAUAUGGCUGUUGCCUGGGACCGAGGGUCUAAUCCCAUUUACCGAUAUGGGCACUCAUCAGGCACCAACACUGGCAGCACAGACCUCAGACUGCUCAUAGACACCGGACACCACCUGCUGUUCCAGCCAGCUAAAACUCAGGACUCAGGCAUCUACUACUGCUGGCUGGAUGGUCGCCGGGCUGCAGAGAUCCAUCUCCUCGUGUACUCUCACUUUGGGCGGAGCCAGUCAGUGCUGUCACAUCCUGACCUUCUGACCGCUGUGAGGACCUUGUUAGGGUCUUAUGCAGCCAUGACGGCUGCGUUUUUCCUGCUGAUGCUGGGCAGAGCUGUGCUGAGACACCGCAGAGAAGAAACCCACGUGGAUUAAAGUCGUGUUGUGUUCAGAGAUUUGUUAGACGGUUUUAUGUAACAAACUGCCUCCAGGGCUAC